AUCCAAGUGGUGCAGGCAGGCUGCAGAAGCAGCAGCAGGAGGAAAGAAAAAAUUGCUGCUGUGAAAAUAUGAAAGUGAAAAUGUCCUUUAGUCCUGUCAUGUGUUAUUUUCUACUGUUUAUUUUACUUGAUGUCGCUGUCAAGUCGCAGAUGUCAUCAAAUUCUAAUAGUAAUGCUUUCCUACAAGACAACAAUGAUGUGAAGUACAUUGUGGAUAACAUUCCCAUAUCUGUACACAAGGAAUUUUCCCGUAACUCUGGAGCGAAUGUUCAAAAUGGCGAUGAAAGCACAAAUUAUAAUUUAAAAGCACACUUGAAGUUUCAUCCGGCUCUUCUGGACUUUAAGGAAAGGCCGUUGGGAGUUCCGCACCAUGAAAAGGUCACGAUUACCAACCUUCAUGAGAAUAAGACGGUGCACAUGUCGUCCAUAUCUGGCAACACCGUUCACUUCCACAGCUCCUUCUUUGAAGACAAGGUUAUUCCACCUCUGGGAAACACUUCCUUCAACGUUGUGUUCCUGGGACGGGAGGAGGGAGAAAUUGAGAGCAACCUCUUCAUACAUACAUCGGAGGGAAGCUUUAAGUAUCAGGUGCGAGGGUCAAGUGUGCAGAGCCCGUACAGACUUCGGCCUCUCUCUGGUGUACGGCUGCCUCUCAACGCUUCCUUCUCACCCGUCAUCCAGAUGCACAACCCUUACGCCACUCCGUUACAGCUGGUAGAGGUGUACAGCAGUGGUGGUGAGUUUCACUUGGAGCUCCCCUCAGGACAGCUGGAGGGCCCGAAACAUCUGUGGGAGAUUCCUGCGUUCCUCACCAAACCCAUCAUUCGGGUCAGGUUCCACGCUCGAGCACAGAAAAACCACACGGCCUAUAUUAGGUUAAAGGUUAACAACAGUGAGGAGGUGCUGGUGGUCCCUCUGGAGGUGGAGGUCGGCCCGAUCUGCGGACUCUAUAGUCCCGAGGAUGUGAUAGACUUUGGCAUCGGAGGCAGCAACGACCCUCCCACCACUAUCAAACUGUGGCUACACAACUCAUGGAAGAAACCUAUCAAAAUACAGAACGUGAUCAGCACACCCGUCUCCAAAGCUCUCAGGAUAGAUUUCCUACCUGUCAAAGUACCAGCAGAGUCGGACGAACCAACAGAUGUGGCACAGUUGACGUUUGAUUGGGGAAUGGCGCUGGAAACGGGUCACACAUCUGGUAGGAUAGUAGUGAAAAGCAAACAGAGCAAUCAGAAACUAGUGAUCCCGUACACGGCUACGGUGUUGGACGGAGGACUGAGUUACGACAGUCAGGUGACGAGGUUCCGUACAGACUCGGACAACAUCCCUCCCCGUACAUUUCACCUGACAAAUAAUUUCAAACUCCCAGUAGCUGUCACAGAGGUUAGCCUGUCCAGUGAGGCCGCGGCUUAUUUUCAGUUGAGCAAGUUCAAGCCUCGUAUUCUACAGCCCACAGAGACUGCUCCAUUGUUCGACAUAUCUCCGCAUAUAUCUCCACAUUUGACGCUAGACACCACCAUCGCUGUGGUCACUAAUGUGUCUACGUUGGCCGUGCCCUUGCUGUGCUAUGACGGCAGACUGGUCAAGGUGAUCUCGCGAAGGAACGACUCCGAGCUGGAGCUGGGCACUGUCGGCAGUGGGACGGAAAAGCAAGUGUUGUUUGCUCUAGUCAAUGAGAACCCGGUGCCCGUGACGCUACUGUCGUGGGAAACCAGUCUCCCGUCCACAACUGUCGACGUAGUGGCAGUCCACAGCGGCAACGUUACGUCUUUCCUAUCGCAGCUCGACCACACGCUGCACAACCUCACGGACAAGCAGGUAGUGGUGAGUCCUGGACACUAUGUAGUACUGAGAGUCCUGGUACAAGCAGCACAGGUCGGAGAGUCUCAAGCACACGUCACUGUACACACAGAGUACGAGACCAUUCAGAUACCCACACACAUGCGAGUGGAACACGGCAGUCUCAAAGUCACUCCGGAUCCUAUCGUAUUCAACGAUUGUUUCCCGGGUAAAGUGUGCUCCGAGACACUGAGAGUUCAGUCGCUGUUCUCCGUGGCUAUGGCAGUGACUGGGGUAAGUGGGGCAGACCCCCGUCUGAGUUUUACCCCCGCCUCACCCCCGCUACUGCCCCCCGCCACGACCACUGACAUCGGCACGCUUAGUUUUGACACCAGGGUGAUGUCGGUUGAGGACAACUACCUCGCAACUACGCACAAUACUACAGGUUCCACCAGAUGGGCAGACACCUUGGAGUUGCCAGCUCAUUGUCCUGACUAUGACCUGGGACUGUUGGUGGCGAGAUAUGACCACUAUCACAAUCUGUCGUCUCGUCUACUCAACAUGACUCUGCGACUGGACACGACCGAGGUGAGAGAGCACAUGUUUGCUGUCAGAGUGGCUCUUAGCUGGCCCAGACUGGCCAAGGACCUGGUCUACCCUCUCACUCAGGUUGACAACACGACACAUCACACCCUGUACAUCAGCAACCCCGGCACUCAACACGCUCUCUACGUACAGCUAGUCAUGGACCAUCACUACCCCAGCGCUGCCAAACUGUUGGACAAUCUGCCCGAGAGGCUGAGACCAGAACCAGUAGCGGGAGCGCAGACGGGGGCCGGGAAGUUUGUCAUAGACACAAGUCAGUCCCAGUACAGAGUGACGGCGGGGGCACAUAGAGACUCUUGGGUGUUCCUGCUGCCCCCCGCCACCAACACUAGUGUCAAAGUGGGGUUCACACCUGCGGGGCCUCAUCUCUACAGUGCUACGUUGCUGCUCAGAAAUAACUUGACAGUGCUGGAGACAAUUCAGCUUAGAGGGGCAGGAGCGUACACUCAGUUCAAGUUCGGCAACCGCAAGCCUGGGUCUACGACUCCACUACUCUUCGAACUUGCCGAGAAACAUCUAAAAGACUGUGAAAGAGAGAAGCAGCGCAAGUUCCCUGCACCCAACCUGACGGUGAAGCGGUCAUUCACGGCUCGCAACACAGGAGCUUUGCCCAUCUCGGUGAGAGGUUUCCACAUCAGCGGGCUGGCGUGUGAAGGCUACGGUUUCCGAGUACUGAACUGUGAGGCUUUCAACCUUCCACCCAACUCUACACGCAAGGUGGACAUAGCCUUCACCCCAGACUUCACGCUAGCCAGGGUGCAACGUACACUGGGUGUGUGGACUAGUGAGGGAGACAGUGCUGCCAACUACACUCUGGUGGCCACACUGCCACCCUUCCUGCUCAGUACGUGUUCUGGCGUGUUGGCGAGACCUGCCUGGGAGCCGCUGUUGUACUACUGUGCUGUCACGUUCAUGAUGUUCCUGCUAGUCUGUGUUCUGGCCGCAGCAUUUCUAGAGUCUGACAGAGCGCUCAAGUCUGCGCUGAUGGCCAUGUCCAGGGACAACACUGUUCAACCUGUACUUGAUCUCAAAUCCAUAGGUACGGGGGUGGGCCUCGGCAGUAGUGGUGGUGGAAGUACAUCAGCCCCUGACAAGCCUGACACAUCGUCUACCAUGUGGACCAAAGCCCCGAGCUCGCCUCCCACCACACAUGACAAUGAGAUGAAGGAGAAGCCAGUGAAAGCUGAGACAGACAAUGUAGCCGCAGUGUUCACCUCGGUCAAGCCAGUCUCUACCUCGUCCAAGAAGAGAGAAAAGACCGUUGUGUCUAAGAGGUUCAGCGACCCGGUGGACUCUGCCUGGGCCAACGUCUUCUCUAAGCCAGUUAGCAGUUCUCUACCCAAGUCUCAGGCCAAACCUGUGCCGACAGCCACAGAAACGCCGAAACCACCGUCUUCCACAGAGUCCAAACGGAAAGUCACCAAGAAAAAUUCAAAUCCAGGGAGAAACGUAGCAGCAAGAGAAACAGUCAGUCUGGCAGCAAACGUUGGCGAAGAUACAGAAACGUCCUCCACUACUACAGAGAGUUCCCAUGACGACGGGGACAAGGAGGUGGAGGUGACUAUGGCUCUGCGAGAGUGUGACAAUGCUGCCACAACGACGGGACACAAGGCUGGCCGUACGCGAGCAGCUAAAGUUACGUCCGACACAACCAAGAAGAGCUCAGCACCCGACCGCAACAACGGAGGAAGCGCUUCGUCUCUGGAGGCGGAGUGGGAGGACGAGGACCUCACCAGUAACGGCAAAAAGGCGCACGCUUCGACACGCAACAGGAAGGCCAGCAACAAGAGCAAGACACAGACCGCGGACACUACGCAGAUCACACAGAAUCUGAGUGGCCGUAGCAAACCCUCCAGCAACAAACAGCCGAGUUCUCGCAACAAGGAAAAACAGACUGUUACGCAGAAGAGAUCAAUUGAAAAACUGCCCUCACUGCCUAAACCCGUAGUGUACGAGCCGCCUCCACCUCCACUAGCCGUGUGGGACGAGUCCAGAGCUUCCUUCAGUGACGUGGUCGCCAGGUCAGAUGCCAACAAGCACCAGACAGAGGCCCCCGCCAACCCCACACACACUGCGCCAGCCCCCGCCAACCCAUCACAUCUCGGUCCCAUAGGAUCCAAGAAGACAUUCCCCAGUGUGUGGGGCUGGAAUGUGUCAGCCCCUGCACCUACACCUGAUCCCACAAGUUGUUCCAGCUUUUUCAUGGACACGUUCGACACCAGACCGCAACCACAACAGACUGUACAGCCUCGGAAUUGCAAGUUUGGGGCGGCCGAGACAUGGACGGAGCCCCCGCUGCUACUGAAGAUGUUGCAAGCCCAAGAGCAACGGAGACUUGAGGCAGAAGAGUUCCAACGACGCCCCGUCUUCCAAGACACAUGGACACCCUGGGAGCCGAUCUGUACUGGCAGUUCAGCUCCUGACACCACCCCCGCUCCACCUCACACUACAGGACUGUGGGGCAGUGAUGUGUGGGCUCCACCCCCGCCACCAGACACCUGGGCCCCGCCUGGGCUAGCACCUCGUCCUCCACCUCGCCUGCCCUGCGACGACCCCACCAACCCUGACCUGGACCUCGGUCUGGAAUACGACCCGUUCCGCUCUCUAAGCAACAUCUGGGCUCCAAACACCCCAAACAACUUCUGGAAACCCUCGACCACACGCAACAACUAACUUUCACCCUUAUUGACAAGAGAAUUUUCAUUUCAACUUAUUGACAAGAAAUGUACAUCAUUUAGCAAGACUCAUUUUUGAUUUCUCAAAGUUGUUUUUCUUUUGUAAGGUCUUACGACCAUGGAUAUUCUGUAGUAUCCACUCGCAACAUCUAUCGAGGCUUGAGUUCUACAUUGAGAAUAUAACCUAAAGUAUCUUAGGUGUUGUACUUAAUUUUUUUAAUUGUUUGGAUAGUUUUAGUUUACGUGGCCUACUAACAAUGGAGGAGUAAUUUAUGUUUUACAUCCAUUUACGACGGAGAGUGUAGAACUCAUGCCUCGUUAGAAGUGCUAACUUAUAGAUCUUGUGGAUUUACGUAAUUCAAUGUUUUUCAUUUUAAUUUACUGCCAACAAACUCUGGUCUUAGUCUCGCCAAAGAUUGACGUCGUAACCAGCGUAUCGUGGACUGUUGGAUCCUACCUGUUGUGUCGUCAGACAAACGCUACUUCGGCAACAAAAUAAAUAUUUGUUUUUUAUAA